AUGGAAAUGGCCGCCCUGAAUCUUUGUGAAGAUGUUGCUACUGUAGUGAACUUGCACGCCGUCUACAAGACCAAAAGGGACUACACUUUCAUUCUUGACUAUCUGCCUAAGGAUCUCCACUCGGAAGUCGAGAAAGACGAGCCGAUGAAUGAAGCGGAAGUUAUUCAAAUCAUUAGGGAUCUGUUGAAGACGCUGAACUAUUUGCAUGAGAGACAGAUUAUUCACCUAGAUCUGAAGCCAGAAAACAUCCUGAUCGACGAGGAAAAGAAAAUCUAUCUUUGCGACUUUGGCAUGUCGAAAAUGCUGGAAAAUUCAAAAGAAACCUGCCGAGUUGCUGGAACGACCGAAUACUGCUCUCCAGAACAGAUUCAGUUCGAGCCGCUUUCUGCUGCUUCCGAUAUGUGGGCAGUUGGAGUCAUCGCUUUCGUCUUGCUUUCCAAGACAAGUCCUUUCGAAAACGGCGAAAAGCACGAGACGCAAAAUGCGGUGAUCAACUGCAUUUACGACUUUGAAGGGGAAGCCUGGUCUGACAGAAGUGCUCUCGCCAAAAGCUUUAUUCAAACAUUGCUGAUUCGCGAACCAAAGAAACGAGCGAGCGCUUCUGAAGCUCUACUUCAUCCUUGGCUCGAGUCUCCGGAUAAAAACGGCGCAGAAAUGGCUGCCCCACCGAAAAUAGCUAGAAGAUUGAGCAAACGAUCAUCUUCUGUUGCUCUUUUCGGGUUGAACGAUAUCAAUCUGAAUCGGUCACUCGAUUCGGCCGUCCAAGAAGUGAUCGAGCUCCCACCGAAAAAGAUCAAAAGCGAUAGCCAAGAGUGA